AUGAAGAUCGCCAUCAUCAACGCCGACUUUGCCCAAGAGAACCUUGCAAAGUAUGGCGACUUCGCUGAUAUGGCUGUGACGAUGCUGGAACAAACAAGAGAUUUUGGAGAUGAAGCAGAAUAUGUGACUUACAAUGCUCAUAAAGACCAAUUCCCAUCAAUUGACCAACUCAGAAGCUACGACGGCAUUUAUAUCACUGGGUCCAAAUUUGAUGCGUUUGACACCAGCAUUGGCUGGAUCAUUCGACUAAGAGAUAUGCUUUCAACGAUCUUGACGACAGAUGGGUUUCCACCUGUGGCAGGUGUGUGUUUUGGACAUCAAAUCGUGGCCGCAAGUUUGGGAUGCAGGGUAGAUAGGAACGUCAAGGGUUUUGAAGGUGGAAUUGUUUCCGUGCAGCUAACACCAGAGGCGAAGAGACUUGGUCUGCUUCAAAAACCAGGAGAGAAUCCUGUGGAUUCCAUACAGAUGGCAGACGUCCACAAUGACAUAGUCUACGAUAUGCCAACCGGGUAUACUAACAUAGGAUCUUCGUCCAAAUGUUCAAUCCAGGGCCUUUACAAGAAGAGUAAAGUUUUCACCUUGCAGAGCCAUCCAGAGUUUGUCACGGACGUUGUGGUCUCUAUUUUGCAUUCAAAGCGGACUCAAAAGCUGUUAGAAGAGGCACAAGUGAAAAAAAUGGAGCAGGACUCUCUCAUGUCUGUCAAUGACGGCUAUUUUGCAGCUACUUUUAUAUGGAAGCUUUACAAAUUAGAGAUAUAG